CUACACGUAUCAUCAUCAUCAUCAUCAUCAUCAUCAUAUCUGCUUUCUUUCUGUAUAGCCGUCUAUCUUUCGCUUUUAACAUAUCUGAUUAAAACUCGAUAACGAAAGUUGCAGAUCAUUAAUAUGGAUAUAUAUUCUCGUAAACGAGUUGUUGGCCUGAGUUCUAGUCCUACAAAGGGAUCAACUUCUGCUACACGUGAUAAUGUUGGCUCUAGAGAAGAACCUAUUCAAUUGUGCAAUAGAAUUGGAUGCAGUGGCAGACUUAACCAUGCACAACAUGCUUUUAAUUAUUUAAGGCCUUCUUCUGGUUCUUCAAACAUCCAUACGAAAAAGCAUGACUCUAAUAGUUCAGAAAGAAGUCAAGUCAAACUUAAGUCAAAAUCCAGAGAUACCAAGUCAAACAAGGGUGUACUCAAUAUGGAGCCGGUUGGCAGGGCAGUUGAAGCGGGGCCAUCGAGGGUAAGGAAGGUGCAUGGUCUUGCAAACCGAGAUGGUCAAUCGGGCUCGUUUGAUCGUGGAAGGAAGGAAGACACAGUCAAAAAGAAGACAAAUGAAGGUGAAACAAGCUCAUCUGCAAGAGGUAAUAGGAUCAGUCAGAGAUUAUUAGACGGGGAGAGCGGGUCCCUAUCCUCCUUUAGAAGUUCGAUUUCCGGUUCUAGACACUCAAGAAGCUGGAAUGCUUGCAGAGGAAGUGGUGUUUCAUCUGUAAGGACUCGGAGGUCUGUCAGUCAACAUGGAAAUGAGUCUCCAGUUCAGUCUUCUCGGGAGACGAUGGAUAAUGUGGAUACCAUUGCAAAUAUGCUACUAGCACUUGAGAGGAUUGAUCAAGAAGAGGGAUUAACAUAUGAGCAAAUUAUGGGAAAUCCAUUUCUAGGUGGCUUAAACUUAUUUGAUCAACAUAGGGACAUGAGACUAGACAUUGAUAACAUGUCCUAUGAGGAACUAUUAGCAUUAGAGGAGGAAAUGGGCAUUGUGAGCACAGCAGUAUCUGAAGAGGAGUUAUCAAAAUGUGUUAGAAUUAGCAUAUACAAACCAUUGUGUAUGAUGGAAUGCAGAAUGAGAGAUGAUCGGUGCUUGGAUGACACAAAGUGCAGUAUAUGUCAGGAAGAGUUUAUAUCAGGUGAUGAAAUAGGAAGGGUAGGAUGUGAUCACGGUUACCAUGCUCUGUGUAUUAAUCAGUGGUUGCGGUUAAAGAACUGGUGUCCCAUUUGCAAGGCGUCGGUAAAACCAUAAAACUCUUAAUAAAUAUAUAUAUAAGGUGGGUGCUUGAUUUCUCUGUACAAAUCUUUUCUUUCUUUGUUAAUUGUACAUAACUACAUGGUUUCAAAGGACUAAUAAAACCAGGCUUCUUAGCUUUGUAUCA